UGCAUUUCUACGGGCCUGUUUCACUUUAGGUGUGUACGUUAAGCAAUACUGCAAUAGUUCCCUCGGUCCCGGGACGGGACUGGAGGACAGCCGUUGUUCUGAGAAUUUCAUACUAUUGGUGGAGGGAAAGAUUCAAAAUAGAUGGAGAAAUCACUCAUUUUUUCUCUGCGGUGUCUGAAACUCUGCGCAAAAAUUAUCCAAGAGUUCAUCUUUUAAUCCUUGUCUCAUCUUCGGCCCCCUUUUAAUGGAAUCACUCCCGUUUCCGCCACUACCACCACCAGCAUCGCAUCCUUCGUUUCCAACGCUUUCUAUGAACUUAAUCUCUGCUAACCUUAGAACAAAAGUACACUUCAGUUAUUCUAUAUUCAGGCGCUUUUCCGUGUCUUCCCUAGAGUUGACGAGUACCCAUGAGCUGGUUCGUAGUAGGAGUUGUAGAAAGAGGAAUCUAUUGAAUGGUGUAGGGGUUAGGGCUAAAGUUUCUGAUGACGAGCUCAAGGAGAGGUGGUUAGCUUCUCUCUCUUGCCCAUUUUCUGAAAUUGCUAGGAAGCCGACUGAUGGAGGAGAGGAACCCGCUAACAAUUCUGGUUCGGAGUGGGUAAUCGGCAUUGAUCCGGACGUUUCGGGAGCCUUGGCGCUAUUGAAGAAUGACGAGUCAGAUUGUUCUGCCCAGGUAUUUGAUACUCCUCAUGUGCAAGUAUUGGUUGGCAAAAGAACUCGAAAACGUCUAGAUGCAAAGUCUAUAGUUCUAUUGCUGCAGAGUAUUCAUGCACCACUAGGAACCUCAGCAUAUAUUGAGCAAUCAAUUCCAUUUCCACGGGACGGGAAACAGGGGUGGUGGAGUAGUGGAUUUGGAUAUGGGUUAUGGAUUGGGGUCUUAGUUGCCUCAGGCUUUUCUGUUGUUCCUGUGCCAUCAAUCACAUGGAAGAAUCGAUUUGAACUAUCAGGAAGCCUUUUGAGUAAGGAUGAUAGCAGGGAGGCUGCAUCAACAUUAUUCCCAUCAUUGAGUUCCCUAUUGAAGAGGAAGAAGGAUCAUGGCCGAGCAGAGGCUCUUCUUAUUGCUGCUUAUGGUAAAGGCCUCAGGUUAAAUUCAGACAUGUAUCACAGUAAACUUGAUGGGUUAUAAUUGGGAGAAUUCUCCUUUUUUCUGCCAAGUACAGAUUUUAGAUGAUGAUGGUGUGGUUUACUGUGCCAAAAGUGAAGACAUGGAUGAAAACUUGUUGAUGAAACAGCUUUAGGAGUUAUGGAUAACAUGCAAAAGCUUUGUUGCUUCUUCAAUUUGAAGGUAAUACAAUAGUCAACAAUAUCAUCAUUCAAUUUUGAAGGGUUAAAGUGUCGCUGUAUCCUUCCAUUCUUAUUGAUCUAACCAAGAAAUGAAUUGCACAUCUAUGAUGAAAAAAUGAAGUGCUGCUUUAUCGCUUUAUUGUAAAUUUGUAGCCUUUCCUUUUCAAGAAAUUAUACCUUUUCUGUUCAGCAUUGUUUAUAUUUUAUUUUAUUUUAAUAUUAUCUGCAGAUCAGUUGUAGUUCAGUUAAA